CAAAAAGCGGGUUGCGGGUUAGGGUCGGGAACCCAUGUCGAUGACGAGAAAACGCUUCAGACGAUUCGACUUUGAGUGAGUGUAAUAGGCUUCACGUUCUCAUCAAUUAACAACGUUUUUUCAAGGCAUAUUACAUUCACAAAACAUUACACACGUGUCAAAGCCCCGAAACCACCAAAGAUAUCAAUGCAACCACCAAGUUUAUCACCAAUCCGCCAAGCCUGGUACAAAUGGAAAGCCCUUCGUUUCCCAUGGCGAAAGCGAUUCCUCGUCGGCCUUGACCUCCAAGGCAACACGUUUUGGGAAUUCCGCGACGUGCGCGGCGACGGCCCCAUCUCGCGCUGGCGGCGCAUCGUCAAGUUCCCCUCGUCGACGCACUAUGGCGACGUCAAGGUCAGCCCGCAGUGGAGCCAGUGGCUGCGGCACAUGAGGGAGCACCCGCCGUCCAUCGAGGAGCAGCAGCAGGACCUAGUCCGGCAGCAGCGGAUGAAGCUCUUGGCCGCCGAGGCCGACGCCAGGUGGAAGGCCAAGCCGAGCGUCCUGGAUCCGCCGUCCGCGACGGCCGGCCGCCAUGGCGCGCAGAGUCUUCCAGCGGGUGGUGGCGGGUUCGUAGCUGAAGAGCAGCAGCAGCAGCAGCAGCAUCAGGAUGAGGGUAUUGCUGCAGACCAGCAACAACAGGAGCAGAAGCAGCAACCGUUGCCAUCGCAGGCACCGGCAACAGACCCGUGGGCCAAAGCAAGGGGCGGACCCAGUGAAGGCUGGCAGCCCGAGGCGUGGAACCCUUCGUCUACGCGCAAGAGAUGAGAAUGAGAGCUCACCAGAGGAGACGUGCCAUUAGUACUUGUACAGUUAUUGUAACAACAGGAGCAGACGAUAAUUUUGGGACACAUAAUGAAGAAAAGAAAGGCUCGGCAGGUACUAUCAUCAUGUAGGGGUAUAUUCAUUCAUUAACACGAUUAGGCCAUAAAACAGUCCUCAUGCUUGCGCCUUUCCGCCAAGCCAUUCCAAAAGAGCGUCCUGGAC